GAAAUUCACCCCCCUAUGAGUCUAAACGCUUUCAAGAUAUUUCAAAUGCCUAUCACAUUCUCACUGACGAAACUAAACGUAUGGAGUACGAUCAACUUGGCAUGGUAAAAGAUGAACAAAACUUUCUUCACAAAUUCAACAACAUGGGCACAGCAGUUCCCAAUCGCAAGGGUGAGGUUGUUCUGCCUACAACUCGAGAAGAGCUAAUCGAAAUGACGACGGGUGAGCCCCGAUUGGAGCUUACAUUUUUGGAAGCUGCGCAUGGCUUAAAAAAGAACAUUGAUUUACGCUUCCUGAAAAAAUGUCCAGCAUGCAACGGUAAAUCGCCACAACUAAUCAAUCGGAGCAAACCGGAACUUUGUAGAAAAUGCCAGGGUAUUGGAAAACUAACGAAGAAGACAGCUACAUAUACCAGUAUACAANGUUAUUGA